CUGAGGCAUUACUGCGUGCGAGAGUACAUACGGUAUAUAUAUGCGCUGAAUUUGAUGUUUUGACCUUCACAAGGUUAUUUGCAAGUGAACAGUAGUCUUGUAACGCUACGUGCAAAUCAUUUGAACAAGCAUGGCCAAGGUAGGAAUUAAUGGAUUUGGACGUAUUGGACGUCUCGUACUCAGAGCUGCUCUUGCAAAAGGAGUUAAUGUAGUUGCUGUGAAUGAUCCUUUCAUUGAUGUCAAAUACAUGGUUUACAUGUUCAAAUAUGAUUCCACUCAUGGCCGUUUUAAAGGUGAUGUUCAUGAAGAAGGGGGCAUGCUUGUUGUUGAAGGGCAUAAGAUCCACGUCUUCCAAGAAAUGAAACCAAGCAGUAUUCCAUGGGGUAAAGUUGGGGCUGAAUAUGUAGUUGAAUCUACAGGUGUGUUCACUACUCUUGAAAAGGCUAAUUCUCACAUUGAGGGGGGAGCAAAGAAAGUUAUUAUCUCUGCACCAUCUGCUGAUGCUCCAAUGUUUGUCAUGGGAGUAAAUCAUGAAUCUUAUGAUCCAUCUAUGAAUAUUGUCAGUAAUGCUUCUUGCACUACUAAUUGCCUUGCUCCUUUGGCAAAAGUCAUCAAUGAUAACUUUGGUAUAGUUGAAGGCUUGAUGACUACAGUGCAUGCCAUCACAGCUACGCAGAAGACUGUAGAUGGACCAAGUGCAAAGAUGUGGAGAGAUGGCAGAGGUGCUGCACAAAAUAUUAUUCCUGCUUCUACUGGUGCUGCAAAAGCUGUCGGUAAAGUUAUUCCUGCCCUUAAUGGGAAAUUAACUGGAAUGGCUUUCCGUGUUCCUACUCCUGAUGUAUCAGUUGUGGAUCUCACUUGCCGCCUUGCCAAAGAAGCUACCUAUGACCAAAUUAAGGCUGCAGUAAAGGCUGCAUCUGAGAGUGACAACUGGAAGGGCAUUUUAGGCUAUACUGAAGAUGAAGUUGUCUCAAGUGAUUUUAUUGGAGACACCCACAGCAGUAUUUUUGAUGCAAAAGCUGGCAUUUCUUUGAAUAACAACUUUGUGAAGCUUGUGUCAUGGUAUGAUAAUGAAUAUGGAUACAGUUGCAGAGUUGUUGACCUCAUCAACUACAUAAAAUCCAAAGAAGCUUAAAUGUUUCUCUUCAAAGUCCAGCUGUAUUUCAUUGUCUUGUUUCACUAGAACUCUCAAAAUUAUGUUAAAUUUCCAAUUUAUUUUCAUAAAUUGUUUUGUUCUGCAUUAAAUGCAGCUUUGUUAAUGUGUAACCUUUUUGUUUAGCUGGAAAUUCUAUAUUUCAUGUUAAGCCCUAAAUUAAACCUCAUUGUUCCAAAA